GUCGCUGCAUUUUCGAGCCUUGAAUCCAGCGGCUGGUGCAAUGUCAUCACAUCGCUACCAGCAGCAGGCAGCAAACUGAAGAGGGGGCACUAAACCCGGACGGGGCUGCCGACGGACGUCCUCGGCUUCACUCAUGCUAUAACCGAGCGUCAGGUGAAGGAGAAGGAGGCCCGCGGCGAUGCCACUUUCGUUGUCGCUGUAGGACAAUAAGGAGGAACUGUUGUUUUCACCUCGACAGGAGCAGCGAGACCACGGCUUCUUCCCCCCACACCGACACGCUCUUAUUUUCUUUUGAGAAAUCAACCCACAACAACGUAUCCUGUAAAAAACAACAACAACAACAACAAAAAAAAAUGGCUGUCGCACGACAAUUCGGACUGCUCUUGUGGAAAAACUAUCUGCAGCAGAAACGUCAGAUCCUGGUAACGUUGGUGGAGAUACUCCUGCCCCUGCUCUUCUCUGGCAUCCUCAUCGUGCUGCGUCAGAAGGUCCAUUUUAAGGUCUACCCCAAUGACACGAUCUACGAGAGCUUCGCCGUGGACUCGCUUCCAGAGCAGCAUCAGUACAUGAGGAUCCUGCAGCUGGCCUACGUGCCCAGCAACUCCAGCGUGGUGCGGCAGGUGGCCGAGGACGUGCGAAGCAGCCUCUUACUCCGCUCAGUGCGCGGCUUCGAGACGGAGGAGCAGUUUGAGAACUUUGUGAGAAACAACACGCUGUCGUCAACGCUUCUGGCUGCGGUGGUGUUCGAGCACCGCUUCACUCAUGACGACGAGCCUCUGCCUCUGAAGGUGAGCUACCACCUGCGCUUCCCCUUCACGCCGCGCAAUGCGCCGACCAGGGAGCGGUCGGAGCUGAGCCCGAACAGCGACCUGGACUGGCACACGCUCAGCCUCUUCCCCCUUUUCCAAAUGCCCGGCCCGAGGGAGCAGCAUGAACCGAUGGGGGGCACACCGGGUUAUUUCCGAGAGGGCUUUCUGGCUGUGCAGCAUGCAGUGGACCGAGCCAUCAUGCGCUCUUACAACAGGAAGGCCGCUUCGACUUUGCUGCGGCAGGUCAGAGUGGUCCUGUCGCGGUUUCCCUACCCCGCCUUUAUAUACGACGUCUUCGUCCUGGCCAUUCAGAAUCAGCUGCCCCUACUCCUGGUGCUCAGCUUCACAUACACCUCCCUCAACAUAGUACGAGCCGUGGUGCAGGAGAAGGAGAGGAAGCUCAAGGAAUACAUGAGGAUGAUGGGUCUCAGCAACUGGCUCCACUGGAGCGCUUGGUUCCUCAUGUUCUUCCUUUUCCUUUCCAUUUCAGUGUUUUUUGUAACUGUGCUCCUGUGCGUACGGGUGAGCCCUAACGGAGCGGUGCUGACCUACAGCGAUCCAACGCUGGUCUUCGUCUUCCUGCUCGUCUUCACUGUGGCCACCAUCAGCUUCAGCUUCAUGAUCAGUGCCUUCUUCUCACGAGCUAACGUGGCGGCGGCAGCGGGCGGCUUCAUCUAUUUCCUCAGCUAUCUGCCUUAUUUGUUCCUGUGGCCGCGCUACGACCUGAUGAGCCAUGCCCAGAAGGUGUCGGCCUGCCUUAUUUCCAAUGUGGCCAUGGCCAUGGGGGCACAGCUCAUAGGGAUGUUUGAAGGCAAAGGCACGGGGAUCCAGUGGUCAAACUUGUUCGACUCAGUGACGGUGGAUGAUGACUUCUCCAUGGGCCAGGUUCUGGCCUUGCUGGUGUUUGACUCUGUGAUGUACGGACUGGUGGCCUGGUACAUGGAAGCAGUUUUUCCUGGGGAGUACGGAGUCCCUCUACCCUCCUACUUCUUUUUACUGCCUUCGUAUUGGUGCAGCAGCCCUCGCAUGGCUUUGGUGAAUGAAAAGGAGGAAGAGGAGGACGCAGAAAAGGCUCUGAAAGGAGAGUUUAUAGAGGAGGAACCAUCUGGACUAGUCUCCGGAAUAAAGAUUAAACACCUCGCUAAGGAAUUCAAAGUGGGCAACAAGACUCGUCAGGCUGUACGAGAUCUAACGCUGAACAUGUUCGAGGGGCAGAUCACAGUGGUGCUAGGACACAACGGCGCUGGGAAGACGACCACGUUGUCAAUGCUAACAGGUCUGUUUCCGCCGACCAGCGGCAGAGCCUACAUCAGCGGGUACGACAUCUGUCAGGACAUGGCUCUGAUCCGACGCAGCCUGGGACUCUGCCCCCAGCACGACGUGUUGUUUGACAACCUGACAGUGAGAGAGCACCUGCUCUUCUAUGCACAGCUGAAAGGCUACUCCAAAGAAAAGAUUCCAGACGAGGUGGACAGGAUCAUCCGUAUCCUGAACCUUGAGGACAAGCGACAGGCUCGCUCCAAGACCCUCUCUGGUGGCAUGAAGAGAAAACUUUCCAUCGGCAUCGCUCUCAUCGGAGACUCAAAGGUUGUCAUGUUAGAUGAGCCCACAUCGGGUAUGGAUCCUUCAGCACGACGUGCCACCUGGGACCUUCUGCAGGGGGAGAAACGCGGUCGCACCAUCAUGCUCACCACGCACUUUAUGGACGAGGCCGACCUGCUCGGCGAUCGUAUUGCCAUCCUGGCGGGAGGAGAGCUGCAGUGCUGCGGGUCACCACUCUUCCUUAAGAACAAAUAUGGUGCUGGAUACCACAUGGUGAUAGUGAAGGAUGCUCUUUGUAACGUGUCCGAGAUCACCCGCCUUGUUCACAUGUACGUUCCCAACGCCACGCUGGAGAGCAGCGCCGGAGCCGAGCUCUCUUACAUUCUGCCCAAAGAAAGCACCAGCAGGUUUGAGUUGCUGUUUGCCGAGUUGGAGAUGAACCGAGAGGAGCUCGGCAUUGCCAGCUACGGUGCUUCAGUCACGACUAUGGAAGAGGUUUUCCUCAGGGUUGGGAAGCUGGUGGAUUCCAGUUUGGACAUCCAGGCCAUCCAGCUGCCCGCCCUCCAGUACCAACACGAGAGACGCUCUCACGACUGGACCACUGACGAUGCCAGCAGCAUCAGCGGCCUGACCGACGUGACCGACUUCACAGACAGCGGCACGCUCAUCUCAGAGGACUGCUCCAACAUUAAGCUGAACACUGGGGUUAGACUACACCUGCAGCAGUUUUAUGCCAUGUUCCUUAAGAGGGCGCUGUACAGUUGGAGGAACUGGAAAGUGAUGGUGGCGCAGUUCCUGGUCCCUUUGGUUUUCACGAUUGUGGCCUUAGUCGUGGCACGCACCUUCCCCAAUCACCAGAACGCUCCCCCGCUGGGGCUGGAACUCGGUCGCUAUGGUCCCACCAAGGUCCCUGUGUCUGUGCUGCCUGGGGCAGGUCCUCUGGCUGUGGCCUUGGCGGAUGCGUACAGUUCCCAACUCCCUGCCCAGCAAGGUCAACGAAUCAACCUCACAGACUUUACUGAUUACAUCCUGACCCACGCAAGGGAAGAAGGCGGCGUCUUCAACGAGCAGUGUGUGGUGGGCGCCACUUUCCGCGGCAGCAGAUUCGAAGAGGCGACGGCGUACUUCAACAACGAGGGCUACCACACGCCGGCCACAGCCCUCAUGAUGGUGGACAACGCUCUGUUCAAGCUCCUGGCUGGACCCAAUGCUUCCAUCCACACAGGCAAUUACCCCAUGCCACGCGACCUGUCGGAGGCGGCCCACAGCCAGCUCACAGAGGGUAAGACAGGGUUUGCCAUCGCCAUCAACCUGAUGUACGGUAUGGCCUCCCUGUCCAGCACCUUUGCCCUGCUGCUCGUCAUAGAGUCUUCUAUCAAGUCCAAGCACGUGCAGAAGGUCAGCGGCGUCUACCUGGCCAACUUCUGGUUUUCGGCCCUGUUGUGGGACCUCUUCAACUUCCUGCUGCCGUGUCUCCUCAUGCUGGUGGUAUUCCAGGCUUUUGGAGUGAAGGCGUUUGUGGAGGACAACCACCUCGUGGACGUGCUGCUGUUGCUCCUGCUGUACGGCUGGGCGGUCGUGCCUCUCAUGUACCUGCUCAGCUUCUUCUUCUCCACCGCCGCCACCGCCUACACGCGCCUCACCAUCUUCAACAUGAUCUCCGGCACCGCCACCUUCCUCGCUGUCACCAUCAUGGCGAUCCCAGAGCUGAAGCUGGAGCACCUGUCCCACUUACUGGACAAGGUGUUCCUCAUCUUCCCAAACUACUGCUUGGGCAUGUCUUUCAGCCAGUUCUACCAGAACUACGAGUUCAUCUCAUUUUGCACCUCCAACAUUUUCACGGAGAGGAUCUGUGAAUCAUUUAACAUCACCUAUCAGCUAAACUACUUCUCCAUGGCGGAGCCCGGCGUGGGCCGCUUCGUCGUGGCCUUCGCGGCGCAGGGCGUCGUUUAUCUCAUCCUGCUGUUCGUCAUCGAGCUGCAGUGCAUCCGCACUCUCUGGCGACUCCUCACCUCGCUGGGCAGGAGGCGCAAACAGCUGCCUCUGAUCGAGGACGCGGCGCUGCUCCCGGAGGACAGGGACGUGGCUGAAGAGAGGAAGAGGGUCCUGGAGUGCCAGCCGGUUGUGGAGUCGAUGGUCGGGAGCCCCCUCAUCCUGCAGGAGAUCAGCAAGAUAUACAGCUGCGGGGAGACGCUCCUGGCCGUGGAUCGGCUCUCCCUCGCGGUGGGGAAAGGGGAGUGCUUCGGCCUCCUGGGCUUCAACGGCGCGGGCAAGACGACCACGUUCAAGAUGCUGACGGGCGACGAGAGCGUGACGUCCGGGGACGCCUACAUCGACGGGUACAGCAUCCUGAGCGACGUUAAGAAGGUGCAGCAGCGCAUCGGUUACUGCCCCCAGUUUGACGCCGUGCUGGAUCACAUGACGGGGAGGGAAACGCUCAGCAUGUACGCCCGGCUCAGAGGAAUACCGGAGAAGUACGUGUCCGGAUGCGUGGAGAACAUCCUGAGGUCGCUGCUGCUGGAGCCUCACGCGGAUAAACUGGUCCGCAGCUACAGUGGCGGCAACAAGCGGAAGCUGAGCGCGGGCAUGGCUCUGAUCGGCGGGCCUCCCGUCAUCUUCCUGGAUGAACCAUCGACGGGGAUGGACCCCGUGGCCAGGAGGCUGCUGUGGGACGCUGUUACACGCACACGGGAGUCUGGCAAGGCCAUAAUCAUCACCUCUCACAGUAUGGAGGAGUGCGAGGCCCUGUGCACCAGGCUGGCGGUGAUGGUCAACGGCCAGUUCAAGUGCCUCGGGAGUCCCCAGCACCUGAAGAGCAAGUUCGGCAGCGGCUACACCCUGCUGGCCAAGGUGCGCGUCAACGGCGACCUGGAGGACAGCGACCUGCUGCUGUUUAAGGACUUCAUUGAGAGCACCUUCCCAGGAAGUCAACUGAAGGACGAGCACCAAGGAAUGGUGCACUACCACCUGACUGACAAGACACUAACGUGGGCGCAGGUGUUUGGCACUUUGGAGGCGGCCAAAGAGAAGUACCGCAUCGAAGACUACUGCGUGAGCCAGAUCUCGCUGGAGCAGGUGUUCCUGAGCUUCGCCCAGUUCCAGCACUGCACGCAGGGCGAGAGGAAGUAGGCGGGGAGGGGGAGAACCACCCCGUCCCCCUUUCGUCGUCUCCUCCCCUGCGGGUGGGUGUGCGCGUGCACGUGGGAUGAGCGGCGUGCACGGACUCGCCUCGGGUUACCCGGCGGGCGUGAAGGGGGGGCGAGGAGGAGGAGGAGGAGGAGGAGGAGGAGGUUUACCUCCAGCUCCAUUUUUACCUUGAACACACUCGGCGGGCCAGUCGUCAAACUUCCGCCUCUCUUCUACUGUAUCACCUUGUCGCGUCUUUGUUCGUCCAUUUGCUGUGUGAAAGAAGGAAAACUGGCUCUGAGAUGAUUUUUUGACCAAGUAAGGAACUUUAAGUAUCGCCUCCUUCCUAGAGAAGUCAAAGACAAUGACGCCACUGGAUGCACACUACUUUAAACUGUGUGAUAGGGUUUAUUUCUUUUGUGUGUGUGUGUGUGAACGUGCACUUAUUAUUUUUUUUUGGUUGUUAUUUAUGACUUUUAUGACUUUGUUGUGUUUCUGAGAAAUCUGUGCAUUGUUUUGGUGAAAUGAACCACUUCAAUCUGACGCGCUUAUGAAAUUGUUGCACACCUUGGAGCCUUAUCUAACAAAUGAGGGUUCUCGUUUCUUUACGUAUGUUUCCCUGUUUCGCCACUAAAGGACUGGUUACCCUUGAAGAGCCUCUUAACGUUGUUGCCAGAUGUACAUGAAGUAUUCAUGGUACUAGACAUUUACUCAUUUUAAACGCUGUUUCGGGAUCAUUUACGAAUGCAUGGAUCAAAUACGACGUAGAAAAACGCAUGACACGGGGAGAACAGAGAGCUGCUAGCGAACAUUAGAAGUCCGUCCCUGCUGAGGAUUUAACCUCAGUCCAUUCUUAGCACAUUGAGUACUUCUUUCUUCAUUCGCACCUUUUUUUUUUAUUUUUUUUUUUUUUUGUUUUUCUGCUGCGGGUGAGUUGCAGCAACAGCGUGUCGCAAGGAGGUUGUCAGACGCGUGACGCAGGUGAUUAUUGUUAUCAAACGCCGCCGCUGCUGCUGCUGUCAUCGAAGUACUUUUUUUUAAUUGUUAUUAUUAUUUAUUUAUUCUCCCCGCAGCUUCACACGUUACGUCUUUGUAUGUUUGUGGGCCCAAAGAGCACGGCGGCAUCAUUCCUGAAUCCGCCCAGACUUUUCUUCACGACUUAAAACCAAGAGAUUGUUAACGUAUCUUUUUACGUGAAACUUCCUCCUUCAGGGAACACCAGGAGACGCAAUAACGAGGCCCCAACAGUUCUGGAAGAUAAAACGUCCGCAUACAAACGCAGGCGCUGCUCUAAAGAAGGAACGAUGAGCACCGUGUGUUUUAUUUUAUCUUUUUUUUAUUAUUAUUUCAUUUGAUUCUGAUUCGUGCCCACUUGAUCACAUUCCUGAAGCUUUGUUCAUAACUUAAAGACCCUGUAAAAACAUGUAUGAACUCUUAAUAGAAAUAUUUAGAACGGACGUGUGUUCGGAGUCUCCUCGCUCUUCGUCCAGGUCGAUAUUAUCGAGCGAUAUUAUCGAUAUUAUCGGAUCGAGUGACUUUUCCUUCUGUCAAAACUAAAACUCACUCCACAGAAGUGAGAUGAAUGUAUCUGCUGUUUUACACGUAAAGCAAAAAAAAAAAAAAAAGACAAAACAAGAAAAAAAAAAGCACUAACUUGAACCGCUUCGUGUGAUUUCCAGUGCUUUCUCUUCAUGACGCCGGAUGUGAAGACUGAUAUUCCAGAGAGUCGCUGAAACGUUGCCUGUUGAAUUUAACCUCUUCAUUUUGUUGCAUUUGAUCAUGUAUUUGCACAAUUAAUCUCUCAUCACGUGUAAGUCUUGAGACGAUUGCAAUGUUUAACAUGUACUUUGAGGAGGAGGUUGUUUUGUUCGUUUUUUUUUUGUUUUGUUUUGUUUUUUUGCUGCUCUUUAUCGGGCGGAUGGAAUUAUUCUGAAAUGACCUGUAUCAUAUUUAAAAAAAGAUAAAAAAGGGAAUUUAUGUCAUUGUAACUGUGUACUAUUGUACUGUACCGUACCAUGGAACUGACCUUGUCAACUCUGUAUGUAUCACUAUUCUUUUUAAAUUAAAUCCUGCUCUAUGCAAAUGGUA